AUGCCUUCCCACCGCGGCUGGUUGCUCCAGGGCUCUGUUUGCCUUUUGUUGUUGGGUUGGUAUAAAGCUCAUCCUGAUAGGUUCCACAGGGCAACAACAACGACCACGGCAGCGAUAGAAAUGACCAACAGCCCCAGAUCUUCUGAUCAUACCGCCUUUUCGUUCUUUAAGAUGCCUGUUUACCCGGACUUCUUUGGUGAUACCGCCGUAUCAUGUUGUGGUCUGAGAGGUGGCGAUAAUACCUGCCGCCUAAUAGUGUUGCACGCCAGCAUCGACCCAUUCCGCCUCACUAUCCCCGUCUCCGCCGGCCAGUCAACAAACCCUAUCCAUCUGCUGGACAGUCUAGGGACACACCGGCCGUUUCUUCCCGUACGCCUUCAGCACCACAGUGGUUUUAGGAUGUGUAUGUGGUGGGGCACGCCUUACAAGGCAUAUGUGAUCGAGGAUGCGCCCAAGAAGGACAAGGAGGAGGAGAAGGAGAAGGAGAAGGAGCAGGAGAAGGAUGUGACGUUCUGCAUGGUGAAUCCGGGCGACCAGUUCGUGCUGGCUGAUCCAGUCGUGGUAAGUCUCUCGAUCGGUAUACUUGUAAUAUGCAUAUGA